AUGUCUGAAACGCCGCCUCCACCACGACAUCCACCACCCGACGAAUCACCAAUUCAAUCACCAAGAACUGUCACAUUUCAAUUGAAUAAUAGCACGUAAGUCAAAAAGGAACACGCGAAAAAAAGUGAGAAAAACCGGACGGAAAAGCGAAAAGUUAGUUCAAAUAAUCGGUGAAUAAACAAAAAGUUGUGAGAAUUUUUGGGAGAAAAGUUAGUUAGCUUGUUUUUCUUGUUUUGUAGUUAGUGAAGUGAAUAACAUGGUAUUUACAGUAGUUUUUGGAUUCUUAUAGAUUUCUGGAGCUGAUUUUUAUUGUUUAUGAAUUUCUGAAAAUUUUUCUGGUUCGUUUUUUUUCAGAAUGAAAUUUGGGAUUUUUUUAUUGGAAGAAUAAUUUUGGAUAAAAAAUUUGCCUCAUUUUUUAAGAGCCUAAUAAAAUUCCAAUAAAAAAUAAUAUUUUUAAUUUAAAAAAUUUUCCAAAGCUAGAUUUUUUCCAAAAAUUUUCAAAUUUCCCCAAAAUUCAGCAAAAUUCCUUUUCUCUGAUAUUUUUUUAGUUUAGAAAAUAGUUUCAAAAAAAAUAAUUUUCUUGGGAAAAUGCUCAUUUUAUGAUCCAAAUUUUAAAUUUUUUCCCGAACUUUUUUUUUUCAAAAAAAAUCAUGAUUUUUCUUUGAAAACUUUCAAAUUUUGUUUUUUCUGAUAUUUUUCCCACUUUCACUUUUAAAAAAGUAAAAUUCAGAAUAAUUUUCUUGGGAAAAUAAUUCUGGAUAUAUAGUUUUAGCCUCACUUUUUUUCAAAUUCUAUUUUUUUCUAAAAAAUUUUCAAAUUUUCAAAAACAUUUUCAAUAAUUUUUCCAUAGCCUCUAAAAGCCUCCCCUUUCCCCCAAAACCCAACUUCAUUAAAAAUCGAUAAUGAUCGACAAGUAAAUGUUCUGUCUGUUGUGCAUAUGUAAAUACCAUGAUGAGCCCAUCUCCUCUUCUCCUUGCACAUUAUUUCCUAUGUCUGCACCCUCUCACAUUCCAAUACUUUUCAUUCGGGUUUCUUCGCGUUCCUUUCUUCUUCUGUUGUUUUACUUUUGUACAUAUAGAUAUUAAUAAUUUGUGACCUAAUUUGUGUGAUUUUUCUUAACAAAAGUUAUUUGGGAAUUUUUGGUUUUAGGAAGUUACGGUUUUAGUUCCGCCACGUCAUAACUCAUAUUAGAAGUGGAGUUCUGAAAUUUUAUCGGGAUAAGCGGGUAGAAAACUACCUUCUAAAAUUUCCUAUCCACCAAAAAUCCCAAAAAUAUUCCCACGACGCGUUUUUUCUCAUUGGAUACUAGGUAUAAAUACAUUUCAAUGACCUUCAAUGUUUUUUAUUCCAUUCUUUUUUCAUUCUUUCAAUACAUAUCUAAUUAAGAUCUCACCUGCUUGCCCUACAAAGUAUUUAGCACCCAAAAAAAUCGGCGUCUUUCAAAUAUUUCACCAAAAUUUGAUAUCUUUCUCAUUUUCCGAGAGAAUUUCACUUUUUAUUUUCUUUGUUUAGAUAUAGCGGCUAAAAUAAUCAGGUUAAAGUUCAUUUCAACUUGAUAAUUUUCUCAAGGAUCUCAUGUUACAAUAAAAUGAAAAUAUCACAUGUUCCGGGAGAUUUUCAGAUUCUUUUUUUUCAGAUUCUUUUUUUCAAAAAAAAAGAACACCUUUCGACAAGAUUUCACUAACUCAUUCAUUCAUUCUCUCUAUCUUUUUUCUCUCCGAAUAUCUUUAUCUUCUCCGCUUUUUUUCCGAAAUAAAAAACAAUAGAAAGUAUUGUUCUUAUCUUCUCUUUUUUGCUGUUCCACCAAUUGAUUUUUUGUUUUGCAGAUCAUUCUUUGACGAAUUUGCAAUUACUCAGGAGACAUUUCGCCAGGAAAUUGAAGGUUUGUGACACUGAACAUGCUGAAAAUCUUCUGAAUUUUAUGUGGCGUGGCCGAACUUUCGCAUGGCCUAGACGCCGACAAAUUUUGCGCAGUUCUUGCGCGAAAAUUUGAAAUUGUGUUUUUUCUCCCAAAAAACAAGAAGACGAAACAUUUCGAAAACAUGGUUUUUCCAGGGUUUAAAUCUGGUGACGUUUCGACACCAACAUUCUCCACCACCUGUCAAUUUCGAUUUGAUUCACCGGGAAUUUCAUUGACUCCAGCUGAAAGAGAAAAAGAACAUUUCGAUUUGAUAGGUAAAUGAAUAAAUAAAUACGAUCCUCAUUACACAUUUCCAUUCCCCAAUAAUUCCAAUAAGACAUAAACAUAAUCAAAUUAUAGGCGACGAUAGAGAAAGUAGAAUGAUAAUUGAAGAGGUUGUUUCAUCAGCGGCUGCCGCAAAAAUCGCAUCAACUUCCAAUAAUUCACUCGAUUCGCUGUCUGAAUGUGGACAAGCACAUUCAACACAACCUCCCAUUAUCAACCACAACAAUAAUAAUAAUGAUAGGAGUCAAUCAUUAGGUAAGCUAGUUUAUUUAUUUUUCAAAUGUUUAUAUUUUGUUCAAUCAAUAAUUAUUUUUCAGGAGAUCUUCUAAUUGCUUCACAACAACAACAACUUGAAGAAUCGAAUAGAAACGGCAGUUUUGAUACGCUGGUUUGUUUUUGUUUUUUAAAGAGGUUAUAAUUGAAAACAUAUGGGAACUUGCAGAUGUCAAAAGGUCUAAGUGAUAGUGGAAUUGGCGCAUUUCCAAGAGAUGACAAUUUAUCGCCAUCAACAAACACUGGAAUAAUGGUAGGGUUUUUCUGUGCUUUCUAGUCAAAUGUGAUGCAAAGUAUCGCACAAAUUUCCAUUUUGAUAAGAAAAUGAUGAUCACAAAUUAGAUGAUUAAAUUUUAUUAAUACAACAUUUCCAGGAUUAUAUUUCGUCACCAGAUUCGAUAUCAAGCAUGUCAUUCGGGUAUUUUGAUCCGUCUAGCUUUUCAAACGGUGAGUUGGCAAAGUUGAAAAGUUUAAUGACAUUUCUAUGAAGAUCCUCCUGAAGAAAGAGUUAUGAUAACUCUGAAUCAACAAGGGGUAGUUUUGGACACGCGAUCUUCUCGUUAUAAAUUGCAGAACACAUCUUGUAAUAUUAGUUAUGACGUGGAAAAAAUAGGAUUUUACAAGGCUUUAACUAACGAUUUUUUAAUUAAAAUCUUAUAAAGUUAGCUAUAGCCUUUUAAAAGCCAAUGUUUUCCACGUCAUAACUCAUAUUACAAGCUGAGUUCUGCAAUUUAUAACGAUGAGAUCAUGAGCAGCUUGUCCAAAACUACAUCCUGUUGGUUCGGAGUUAUCAGAACUCUUCAGGAGGAUCUUCAUAAAAAUUUUAAAAAGAAAAUCUUUCCUAGCCGUCUUUCGGAUAGAAAAUUUUCAGAUUUUCAUUAAAAUUUUUACAAACAAAAAAAUUAGUAUACAAAAUCUAACCUUGUUUCUUUCCACAUUAUUAUAAUAAUACACAAUUCCCACAGUUUCUUAUAAAAAUUUGCAUUCUAUUUUUCUUCUGCCUAUUGUGCUUCUUCUUCGCUUUUUCUCUGACUCAUUUUGCCGUGCACCUGUGUUAUUUUUUAUGAUUCUUUUUUUCUCCACAUUUGAUUAUUGAUUGUGUAGUUAUGAAAUUUAUUAUUAGUUGUUUCACAAAGGUUUAGAUUUUAUUGCGUAAUGACCAUUUUCGUAUGUGAGAAAAUUGGGCGAAAAUCCGACGAAUGGGUCAUUUAACUAACAAUUUCGAUUACUUUUUUCCCUUGAUUUUCACACAUUUUCUCAUGUUUACCCAAAAAAGUUUAUAUGAUAAAAGAAGUGAAAAGUAAACAUUCGAGUUUCGAAAAAUGGAAAAAUCCGGAUUUUUCCAACUCAUUUCUCACCACUUUUCCUUCCGGUCCCCCGUCCAAAUUAAUGGGUGUUUUGUCCACGAAAAAAGUGGAAAUUAAUCAAUGUGUCGUGUAGGAAACACGAAACAUGUACAUUCCUUUCGCGAAAAAAAAACACAAUACGAGUUUUUUGAUGAUGGUAUUGUUUUAGGCUUUUGUGUUUUGACAAGUUUUUUUUUCUGCAAUUCUUUUGAUGUAAAUAAUUAGGGUUUUAUUACAUUCAAAAAUAGCCAAUUUUAAAAAUGUUUUCUCUGAAAAUCGGCGAAAAUUUCGCCCUGUAUUUCCAGGUUCUGAAAUCGCUAUGCUACGUAAUCAAAGAUUUUUCGAGAAUUUUUAAAAGUUAAUGUAAGUAUGUUUUGGUUGGAUUCAUAAAAGUGGAAGAAAAUUUAGUGUACGAAAAAUUGAUGAACAAAAAUUUUUGGUACACUAAAUUUUUCAAUAGUUUUUUAUACCACUUUUAUGAAUUCGGGCAAAACAUAUUUACAUUAACUUUUAAAAAUUCUCGAAAAAUCUUUGAUUUACAGUGAUUACGUAGCAUACCAAAUUCAGAACCUGAAAAUACAGGGCGAAAUUAUCCUCACAAGGCUAUUUUCAGAGAAAAAAUUAGUUUCGAAAUUCCUAUUCCCUUGAAACUCUUAUUUAUUUUUAUUUUUUCAAAAAAAAGACCGAAGAUUUGAAUAUUAUGACAAACAAUUUGAAAAAUGUGAAAUGUCAUAAAAUUUGUGACAGUUUCUAUUUGCUUGUUUUUUUUAUCAUUGAGACAGUUUUAAUUGUUGGAUGGUUUUAUAACCUUGAAAUUUCAAAAAAAAAGAAAAUUUUAUUUUUUGUAGAAAACGCGAAUCCAUUGGAUGGUUGCAAUAGUCGUACAUCGCAUUACGACGAAAGAAAACCACAGCCAGAACUUGCUGCAAUAUCCGAAGAAUCUGAACACGAAACAACAUCGAAUUAUCAUUAUCCAGCUCCAACAACAACUUCGAACUAUCAUUCAGCAUCGGUUGAUAAAGAUCGAGAUAUAAUUGAGCAUUCGUAUCCGAUGACACAUUGUAGUAGUGCACCAACGAAUACUGCAUUUUCAUCGCCAACUUCAUCGUCUGCUGAUAAACAACAGAGUUAUUUUAAUAAUAAUAUUGCGCACAGGUAAGGGGGAAGUGGAUUUUGGGCUCCAAAUUCAAAAAAUUGAAACUUUUCAUAAAAUUUGGCUUCGAAAAACAUCCAAUAAGCUUAGCGAAAAUUUUUGCCACGUUGAUUUUUAGCGCUGAGUUCAAUUUUUCAUAAAAUUUGGCUUCGAAAAACACCCAUUAGCUUAGUUUUCCAAAAUACUGAAUUUUUGCUCCAAAUUUUUUUGCCACGUGGAUAUUAAACUAUUUCAAAAUUCUGGAAUUUCUACAGUAACCGCAUAGUUUUUGAACCACAGUAAUCCAAGCUGCAAAUUUUCUAAAGAUCAAAAAGUUUGGAACAGUUUUUAAUUCAAAAAUUCUACAAGCCACAAUUUUUUUGCCACGUGGAUUUUGUGCUUGAAAUUCAAAAAAAAUGAAUUUUUCAUCGAAUUUGGCACUGAAAAACACCCAAUAAGCGUAGCUUUUGGAAAAAUUGAAUUUGAAGCAAAUUUUUUGCCACGUGGAUUUGUGUCUUAUGUCUUUUGAAUUGGAAUUUAGUGAAACAUUUGAAUUUUUAAUUUUUUGGGCUAACAAAAUCCACGUGGCAAAAAAAUUAAAAAACUAAACUUUAAUUUCAAAAUUCUGGAAUUUCAGAAAUUAUUUUUCAAAAAUCACUCAAAAAUUCACGCAGAAACAACAUUUUGCGUGACCUUUCAAUGACGUGGCAAUUUUCUCCAAAUUGCCACGUCAUUCAAAAAAAUCCUAUCAAAUUUCUAUGAAUUUUCAGACGUGUUGUCAGUGACGAAGUAACCGAUACAACAACACUAAAAAGAAGUAAAGAAAUGGAAAAUGUUGAUAAAAUUGGGAGUUAUGAAUAUGAAGUAAAAGCAAAUCAAAAUCUGAAAAAGAAGGGAAGAUGCAAAAGUUUGAUGUUUAUUGUGCAAGGAAGUGGAGAUGAAUUAACGAGUGAAGAUGAGAAUCAGAUUGAAGAAGGUGAAAAUGAGGAGGAAGAAGAUGAUAUUGAUGGAGGUGGAAGAAUUGGAAAUGUUGCUGAUACAAGGGAUAAUGAUUUGUUGAUUUAUAAUCGGAAUAUUGAAUCGAGCCCACGGAGAAAUCUCUAUGAGAAAAGUAAGGUUUUGGGCGAAACAGGGGAAUCGGACCAGAGGAAUCUAGCCAGGCCCGAUUCAAAAACAGGCCAAGAUUCUGAUCAAAAAUAUAAUCAAAAUAGUGUCUUCCUAGUUUUUCAAUAAUAAUAAUAAUGUGAUUCAUUUUAUUAUUGUUGCUAUUUGCGAAGUGUGUAUUUUUGUGUGCUGUACUACUUUUUGAUAUUGUUUUGUUUUGAGAAAAUAAGGAUUUGCGAGAAACUACCUUUUGUUUGUUUUGAAUAUACACAUACUUCUAUAUAAUUUUUUCAUUGCAGACCCAUCGAUGCCAUGUUCGAACGAGCCUCCGCCAGUACGUCUCUCGAGAAAAGUGUCGGCUUCAUCGACUCGCUCAACACCAAUCAAAACGGCGACUGAUCAAUCGUGGAAAGAUAAAAUGCCGCCGUUUAGUAUGUCUGGACAUAAUGUGAGUAUUUUCUUAGUUCUCAAGUAGUCGAGCCUAGAAAUCGUAGUUCUCAAGCAACGGGGCCUAGAGAGCAUAGUUCUCAAGUAGCCGAGUGUAGAAAUUACAGUUGUCAAGCAACGGUGCCUAAAGAUCCUAGCUCUCAAGCAUCCAAGCCUAGGAAAUUACAUUCGCAAGGAUUUGCUUCUAGAGAGUCUGGUUCUCAAGCAGCCCAGCCUGAAAAUCAUAGUUGUCAAGUAGCCGAGCCUAUUAAAUUCAAUUGUCAAGGAUCAGCGCCUAGAGAUUCAUUUUGAAUUUAAAAUAAUUUUUUGAGAUGCGCCCUGAAAAAAUUGAAAUUUAAUUUUUUUUUUAAUUCAAAAAUUUUAAAGAAGUUUUCAGAGUUCCCAUGAAAAUAUUUUGAACAAUUUAGAAAAAUUCGAUUUUUCAGCUAAACAAAAUUUUUAAAAGGGUUUUUUUUUAAAUUGAUAACCUUCUCAAAAAACCCAUUUUUCGGCUGAAAUUUCAGAUUUCAACAUUUUUCUGAAAAUUUGGGAUAUUCUAUCCCAAAUUCUGUUUUUCCUACACUUUACAAAUUUUUUUUGAAAACUUUAUUUUAGAAUCGCAAUUUUUCCCCAAACAGUAAGUUUUGAGAUGUUGUAAUGUAUUUCCAGAUUUUUCUCAACUUCUCCACAAUCCCAAUUUUUUUCAGAUGUAUUCACCGCAAUCUCUUCCUUCGCGUGACGCAAUUCCAAGAUCGCCAUUUGAUGGAAGUGGAACUUUUACAAGCAGGUUGGUUUUUUCCUCCUCGAAUUUAUAUUUUUGGAAUGCUUUUGUGUGCUUUUUGGGUUUAAUUAAAACUCUAAACUUUGUUUGUUUAUGUUGAUUUCAUUUCAUUUCAUUUCAUUUUUGUCUCACUCCUUUGUUUCUUCACACCAUUUCAGGCUACCGUAUACACCAUUACCAAAUCUGAUUAUUGAUGAUAUCGACACUUGCUCUGAUGGAAAAUUGAUUAUGUCGGAAUUGUCUGAUGAUCUUCCACCAUUAUCCUCGAUUUAUCGACCAAGAACACCGUCUUUGUCAUCAACUGCAACUGAUUGUAUGAAUCGAUCACCUGAACCGAAUAACAAUUUGAAUGAGGGUUCACCGAGUUCACAAACGUCAUUUGUUCGGCGAGGAUUGAGAAAAAUAAUGAAACGAAGUUCGGCGAGUGCUGGAGCAUUAAUUGAUAUGGAUGGGCCACGUGGUGUUGGGAUUAUUAAUCAGCCGGGUUCCACUAAUUCGCUAAAACGACGCGCGUCUGCUGCUUCUUCGUCGCUUAUCGCGUCCGCUUCUGCGCAUUUGAAACCCAGAGCGAAGAGUUUGAAGAAGCAGAGGUUUGUGGUUUGGUUUGAAGUUGUGAGCAUGAAAUUUGAAAGUGAAAUUGCACGAAAAAUGUCACAAAUGCAUAUUUUUAAGGUUUAUUGAAAAUGAUUUUUUAAAUGAGCUAGAAAUGCUCUUUUUGGUGCAAAAAUCAUGAAAGCUCGACCAAGAGACGUAUUUUUGAAGAUUUUAGAUCGAAAAUAACAAUUUUGACCCAGAUUUCAUGAUUUUUGGGUCAAAAAGAGCAUUUCUAGCUCAUUUUUGACGAAAAAUCAUCAAAUUUUGAUCAGGAAAAAAACGUCUAAAACCAAAAUGUACAGAAUAUUUUUGAUCAGAGACAAUGUAUAAUUGAGAGAGCGCAGACAAGGUUUUUUGUAGUUUUAAUUUUUAAAAAAACUAAUUUUCUGUCUGAACUCUCUCAAUUUUACAUUGUCCCUAAUCAUUCUGUAUAUUUUUGACAUUUUUCUAUGUUUUUCUUUUCACAAAAUAUCAAUUUCCAUAAGUUCAUUACCGUAGACAGAUUCCAAAUACAUUUCAAAAGUUUAAAACUACAAAUUUCUCCCAGAAAAAAAAUAAGUAGUAAUCUCGAGAGCACGAAAAAAAUUAUUAUUUACUAUACGAUGUGUAUUUCAUCGACAUCUUUGGACGAUGAAAAUACAGUGUAUUAUCCACGUGGCUGCUCACCAAUUGCACCACAACAGCAGCAAAAUAAUACGCUGAUAAUAUCGCCGUCCCCUUCUAGACAUCGUACAUUAUCACAGUCUUCGUGAGUAGCAUGUUCUUUCUGUUUGGCUUUUUUUGUUGUGUGCAUGCUUUCCCUGAGUUUUUGGCUUUGACGUGGCAAAAAUCUGUGAAUUUGCCACGUCAUAGCUCGAUGUAGACCAAAGCUCGCUGUAGACCAAAAUCAGGCUAUCCCAAAAAAUAAAAAAUAAUUUUCAGACUCGGAAAGCCCAACAAGAAAGAGAAGUCUGGAUCCGACACCUUCACAUUCAACUUUUUCAGAAGAAAGGUGAGCCGCAACUUUUUCAGCAAUGGAAAAAAUCCCAAUUUUUUCCAGCAACAAGCUGCUCGACCAAAUUUGACUGAUAUUAUUUCGGAUCUUGAUCAAAGAUCAACAUCGACACGCAAUUUGACGGCAACAACUCCGACUGAUUUGAGAGCGGCUGGAAAUUUGGCGGCGAGUAAUGUGGGUUUUUUUCUUUUCUUUUUUUUUUGGGAUGGAAAAAAUGUUAUAGGGUCGGUUGAACAUCUGUUCCCGGCCGACCGCCACGUUUCCGUUUCCGGUUCAUUUUUAGAAUACAAAAAUCCUCCUCAUUGCGAGAUUUUUGUUUUGAGAAGAAUUUUUGUUUUUGUUUCCCAUUUCUCAUGAUCCAACAUCCCCCGUUGUUAUCAUUUUCAUUUUUUGUCCUCCUGGAUUUCUCUGUUAUCCUAUUUCCGCUCCUAUGGAUAACACAACACCUUGUUCCUAUCCACCGAAAACUAGAAAUGUGGUGUAUAAAUCGUCGUUUUUUGGGCUAAGGGUGAAUUUUUUGAAUCACAGAGGGUUUCACUGAAAAUUUAUUGAUGUCAUAGAAAAGUUCCUAAUAAAAACUUUGGUACGCCAAAAUUCGGCGCCUGGUGUGAUUAGGAGUUUUGAAAUGUGCAAAAAUCUCUACUCAAGUCGUUAUAUUUUCAGAGAAGAAGCACUUCUGCCUCGAUUUUGCCAAUGUCUGAUGGAGGAACUGGAUUUGAUGCGAAUUCUUUUGAUGGUUAG